GAGUCAAUGAAGGCCAGGUUUUAUAUAGCAGGGAUGGUUUUGCAAGUUUUAGUGUAAUUCUCAACGUCCGACGGAUAGUCGGACAGUCUAGCGGAUACGUUAAAAGUACAGAAAUAAAUCAAAAUGGCAGCACGAAUACUUAUUCUUGGUUGCCUUAUAUCUUUCGCAUCAGCUGCUGUUAAACUACAGGAGAUGUUUUCCUGGAACGUAUUGGACUGGAACUACCCGGAUUCCUAUUCACGUCAAAAUGCCCUUAAUUCUGGAGAUUUACAACCAGAAAAUGCACUGCCAGUGGGCAUUGAAAAAUGGGAAAAUAAACUUUUUGUAACUGUCCCUCGUUGGAAAUCAGGUAUUCCAGCAACCUUAAAUUAUAUACGAUUAGACGAUCGUUACGAACCCUCACCGAAAUUGAACCCCUACCCGAGUUGGAAAGGCAAUGAGUUGGGUAACUGCGAUACUGGACUGAACACAGUUUACAGAAUUAAAGCGGACGAAUGUGGAAGACUUUGGGUUUUAGAUACUGGCACUUUUGGCUAUGAUACCAACGUCACAAACCUCUGCCCGUAUGCUCUCAACGUAUAUGACCUAAAAACUAACCAGAGAAUCCGAAGAUAUGUGUUACGUCCUGAAGACAUCGUUUUUACAACUUUUAUUGCCAACAUCGCAGUAGAUAUUGGAUCUAGUUGCGAAGAUACAUUUGCUUACUUUUCUGACGAGCUUGGUUAUGGUUUAAUUGUGUAUUCUUGGGAAGAGAACAAAUCUUGGAGAUUCAGUCACAGCUAUUUUAUGCCAGAUCCACUUACAGGAGAUUUCAAUAUAGCUGGUCUUAAUUUUCAGUGGGGAGCCGAGGGCAUAUUCGGAAUUGCACCAUCACCAAUCAAAAGUGAUGGAUAUAGAACUCUCUACUUUAGUCCUUUAUCAAGUCACACAGAGUUUUCAGUUUCAACACGCAUAUUGCGAAAUGAAAGCAAGGUCGAGAAUGGUUCAUUCAAAGACUUCAGCGUCGUAGGCGUUCGUGGGCCAAAUGGGCAUACAACAGCUAAAGUAAUAGAUAAUUUGGGAAUUCAACUUUUUAAUUUAAUUGACCAAAAUGCUAUCGGUUGCUGGUACUCAGCUCGACCUUAUAAACCACAGAACAUCGCCAUAGUGGAUAAAGAUGAUGUUGGCUUAGUAUUCCCAUCUGAUAUAAAAGUUGAUGACAAUCGCAAUGUUUGGGUGAUAUCAGACCGUAUGCCUGUAUUCUUAGAAGCCGAGUUGGAUUACAGUGAUAUAAACUUUAGAAUUUAUACAGCUUCUCUUGACAGUCUAGUGGAAGGAACUGUAUGUGAACCUCCAAUACGUUUCCAACUAAAUCCACAAACUCUGGUGCAGCCACAAUCAGUAAACUAUAAUACCAAUCUAGGAUCGUGGCAAACUUCUAACUUACCAUACAAACCAGCAAUUCUUCAAUCUCAACUGUCACUGCUCAAAAAGCCAUUAACUGAAAAUAUUAUUCCAACAGCACCAAGUUACAUUGAUGUAGAUUUCCCUAAACAGAUUCGGCCAGCUAUUGCCUACAAUCCCCGAACGAUCACUGAUUCCUACAAAAGGCCCUGGUGGUUGAAACGUACUUACGAUGUUUAUGAAGAUUCAUAGACAUAUAAACGUAAGUUUAUGUCUGAAAAUAUUUCCUAUUUCUGUUCCUUAUUUGUUAGUAGAUAGUUUAAACUUAUAUAACGAUAGCGAACGAGUUAUUACGAAUUAAGAAUUUAAUUAAUUUUAUAUAAAGUUUUGUAUUGUACUAAUUUUUAUUCUGAUUAAAAAAUUAUAUGCAAUUACAAAUUAAUAAAAUAAAUUAUAUUUAAAUUAGUUAUGACACCCAGACUAGAUUAAGUCUACUAUAAACGAUCUCUAUCGAAUAUUUUAUACAUGAAUUUUAUUAGCAUUCAUUGAGUAAUAUGUUUGAAUAUUUGUGGUCUUUUUAUGCAUUAGAUAAAGUAUCUUUUACGAUAUACUUUAAAACUAAAUACACAUAAUAAUUUGAACUAUAUUUACAUUAUAACGAGUAUAAUACCCAUUAUCGACUUACACAUACAGUGUACGAGUAUGUGGCUAUUGUUUUAUACCAGUUGUCUAAAUGUCUGUGCGUCGUUGCUUCCUUCUGUGACAUGUAUCUUAAAUAAUAUUAUAUUACUUGACAUUAUUCUAUCUACAUACCGCGUAACCUUCCAAUCGUUAUGGUGUAAACAAAAAGUACAGAAAAACUUAAAUAUCUAUUAGAUAAAUAUCUGUAUUUAUGUGUCCUUUUUAAACAAUACCUUUUCACUUAUAAGACUUUGAUUGUGUGUUCUAUACAGGAUAUUUUUUACAUUUAAUAUGUAAGUAUAUUGUAAAAUAUACUUUCAUAUUAGUAUCUAAUAAAGCCAUUGUGGUGUAUACACAUGCUAUAUAGGUAUUUUUAUAGCAUUAUGUAUCUAUACCUAAAAUAUUAUUUCUUCUUUCUUAAGCAGAAAAUGAAAUUUUAUCGUUACACAAACGCCGUAAUAAAUUAUUAUGUUUAUUCUUAGAUAUGUAUUAUUAUCUAUUCUUUAAAUAUUCUUUAUUCUUCAUACAUGAUAACGUUUUGUUUGAUGUGUCUACUAUUACUGUAUGUGUUAGAAUGACAUAUUUCCUGUACUCGAGAUUUUUAAAUAAAAUAUAAUAAAUA